AUUCCUCUCGUCCGCUUCCUCUCCCCGCAUAUCCUCCUCCGCCUCCGCCUCCGCCUCCGCCUUCCCUUUCCCCUCUCCUCCGCCUAUUUCACCACCACCCCGCCGCGACGAUUCCACCUGCAAAGAUCGGUUCUUGGCGACCCCAGUGCAGCAAAGGCGAGGGUUUUUUUUUUCUUUGCCCCCUUUUCUUGAGGAGUCGUGAGUUUGUGAGGUGCGAGGAGGAAUUGUUAUUGUUAGGGUUUAGGAUGAAGUUUGGGAAGAGCCUGAGUAGUCAGAUCGUGGAGACGCUGCCGGAGUGGCGGGACAAGUUCUUGUCGUACAAGGAUCUCAAGAAGCGGCUCAAGCUGAUUGGCGGUGGGGAGGAGAGGCAGGCGAAGCGGGCGCGCGUCGGCGGGGAUGAGGAGGCGGCGGCGGCGGCGGCUUUCCCGGCGAUGACGCCCGAGGAGGCGGACUUCGUGCGGCUGCUGGAGGCCGAGCUCGACAAGUUCAACUCCUUCUUCGUCGAGAAGGAGGAGGAGUACAUCAUCCGCCAGAAGGAGCUGCAGGACAGGGUGGCGAGGGCGGCCGGGAGGGAGUCCAAGGAUGAGCUGAUGCGGGUGCGCAAGGAGAUCGUCGACUUCCACGGCGAGAUGGUGCUGCUCGAGAACUACAGCGCCCUCAACUACACCGGAUUAGUUAAGAUUCUCAAGAAGUAUGACAAGAGGACUGGGGCUCUGAUCCGUCUGCCAUUCAUCCAGAAAGUGCUGCAGCAACCUUUCUUCACCACUGACCUCCUGUACAAGCUUGUGAAGGAGUGUGAGGCCAUGCUGGACCAGCUCCUACCAUCGAACGAACUGUCCGUAUCAAGUGAAGACGGGAGAGGCGAUAGCACCGGCGAGGACAAGCCUUUGAAUCCCAGUUCAUCCUUGGUUAACGGUGGCGCCAUUCCAGAGUUAGAUGAGAUCGAGUACAUGGAAAGCAUGUAUAUGAAAGGCACAGUUGCAGCACUUAGGUCUCUGAAAGAGAUCCGGAGCGGAAGCUCUACUGUCAGUGCGUUCUCCUUACCACCUCUCCAGGGCGACAGUUCGCCGGAGGAGCAGCAGGAGAUGUGGAACAAGAUUCCAGUGAUUGAGCAAGCCGCCAAAUGACAUGAGCAACCUGCGAUAUACUGUUCAUGUACACUGCAUCAUGACCUUGGUCUUGACAUUUGCUGGAGAUGGUGCCGGGGAUCUCACUCUUUUGUCAUAUAUUCUCAGUAAUUUGUAUGAUUCCAGGAUUCCUAACAGCUGUAAAAUGGUGGACAUGUUCAGCAUAAAUUGUGAAAUCAUAGGAAACCCAUCAUAACCACAGAACUGAUGUUUUUGAUUCACUAUUGUGAGUUAAAAAUCCUGAACUUCUUUGCUGAUCUACAUCCUCUCUAGUUUUUACUGGGCUCUCGGUACAGAAUUGUUA